CCCUCGAGAUCUCUCUUCUCCUCCGAGCUCGAUCUCGUCUCCGGCGACGUCGGUGGCGGAGACGGCGGCGGCAAUGGUGGAGGGCAACUGGGCUACUCGCAGGGGAAGCAACCCUCGGCUGGAUCCGAUCAUCGACAUCCCGGCGACGCCACCCGGCGAUGCACGACCUUCAUCGAAGACCUCAUUCCUCUCGCUCGUGAUCCCGACGACGACGAUCUCCUCCUCUCCGACCCUCACCACUGCGGCCAUUAUCGCAUCCUGGUACUUCUCCAACAUCGGCGUUCUCCUUCUCAACAAGUACCUUCUCAGCAUCCAUGGCUAUCGGUACCCUAUCUUCUUGACGAUGCUCCAUAUGCUCGCCUGCGCGAUCUACAGCACGGUGUUCGUCCACUGGUUCCGGAUCGUCCCGCCUCAACCCCUCUCAUCUCGGCGCCAGAUCUUGAAGAUCGCUCUUCUCUCCGCCAUCUUCUGCUUCUCCGUCGUCUGCGGCAAUACCUCGCUUCGUUACCUCCCGGUCUCGUUCAACCAGGCGAUCGGCGCCACGACCCCGUUCUUCACCGCGGUGUUCGCUCUCCUCAUCACCUGCCGUCGUGAAUCAGCCGGCGUGUACCUCUCUCUUCUCCCCGUCGUCCUCGGCAUCGUCGUCGCAAGCAACAGCGAACCCCUCUUCCACGCCUUCGGAUUCCUCGUUUGCCUCGGCUCCACCGCCGCCCGCGCGCUCAAAUCCGUCGUCCAGAGCAUUCUCCUCACCUCCGAAGCCGAGAAGCUCAAUUCUAUGAAUCUCUUGAUGUACAUGGCUCCCAUGGCCGCCGCGAUGCUUCUCCCCAUCACCGUCUGGAUGGAAGGCGACAUCGCCGGCCUCACCGUCAAUAAGGUACGCGACGAUCCCCGCUUAGGUCUUCUUCUUCUCGGCAACGCCACCGUCGCCUAUCUCGUCAAUCUCACCAACUUCCUGGUAACCAAGCACACCAGCGCACUCACUCUCCAAGUCCUCGGCAACGCCAAGGCCGCCGUCGCCGCCGUCGUCUCCGUCCUGAUCUUCCGGAAUCCAGUGACGGUGAUGGGCAUGACCGGCUUCGGAAUCACCAUCAUGGGCGUAGUCUUAUACAGUGAAGCCAAGAAGAGGUCCAAAAUCUCAUCUUCUUCCUCCCUCUCCUCCUCUUCUUCUACAACCUCUUCCUCUUCGUGAUUUUUUAUUUAUUUUUGUUGUGAUUUUUGUAACCUCUUUUGAUCCGUUGUUUUUUAUUUUGUUUGUUGUUUCCGUGAAUUCAAUUUGGGGAUUAUAAAAAAAAAAAAACACUAAAAUAUCAUGAAAUAUAUUGAGAAUAAUUCAAGUAAUUUGACAUCUUGAAACUGAAGAGUUUCAAGUAUAAUUUCCUUUAUAUAUAAAUAUAAAUAUAUAUAUAUAUAUUCUCCUGUGUGUUACUUUGUUUUUAAGUUUUAAAGUUUGAUUGGUUUCUAAGAAAUAAACAAACUUUGAGCUUUAUUAGAUCAUUAUUAUUAUUUUAAAUAAAUAUUUUUAAUUUCAGUGUUUUUAUUGGAUUAUUAUUGGUUGAUUUUUAAAUCAUAUAUACAAUAAAUUUUAAAUUUCGUGUUGGAUUUGAUUCAUCUGGUGAGAUUUAUACAAAUACGAGUGUACCACCCACACGCUAUUUGUUCAUUGGACAAAAAUUCCGAAUUCUAUGGAAAUACUAGAUUUUGUACUUUACUAACAAAUGUGCUUGAUUUGGAAUUUUAUUUUUAUUUUUAUUUUU